AGGAAGAAAAAUAGGUCCAACUGGAAGGAUUAACUAUCAGUUAAAUGAUGCUACUGUUACCAGUGAGUUUAUAUAUGUUGCGGUAGAUGAUAAAGAGGUUCAUAUUCUCUACUAUGAUCCAAAGAAAAACAACACCAGAAGUUUCAAGUUUGAAGGAAGUAUGUACUAGGAAUUUGAAGGAUUUGGCGGAGGAGCUUGUCAGUUCAAUAUUGGAUGCUCACCAAAUCUCAAAGGACUUGCUUACCGAAAAUCUUCUUGGACGUUUGCACGAUGUCUCCCGAAUCACAUUGAAAAUCUCAUCUCUCUAAAGAACAUCACGUGCUCAAAAUUGGUCUGAUUUUCUCUUCUUUGUUUUUUUUUGCCGGUCUGCUUUUAUCAUAUGUUAUAUCGCUUUUGCAUUGGUUGUUACUUUAAAUGAAAACUAAGAUAUGAUGACUUUCUAGGAAAACGAUAUUCGUUUUGAGUUCCUAUUUGAGUCAUGAUUAUAAUUUAACUACUGAAAUAAAAACGAUUUUGCUUGCUUUUGUAAACCUCAGUUAACCACAAAAAAAACAUAAUAGCGAUCAAUUAAGAUGAGUGAAAUCCUCCAUAAAUUACUUAGGACUGUUUAUAGAGUUUACAAAACGAUAAAACCCGUUUUGAUAAUAUAUUAGCCAAGUAAAUUAAGUCCUUGCAAGGAUAUUUAUGUGGAUCAACUAAGCUAGAGUGGUUGAUUGAGCUUUGCACCUGCCGACAUGGAAUCUGCAACUCCACCAGGAGUUGUCUUCAUUUCAGGACUGUUUCUGAGUUCUGCUCCAACUACGGCCUCCACAUCAUCACUUGUCUCUGGGAAGCUUCUCCGUCCCAUCCUACACACAACACCCCCCCCCCCCCCCCCCCCCCAACAAUAUCCAUAUAUAUAUGCACCAAUUUAGACUUCUAUAGAAUCUAUUACACACCAACAAAAAAAUCACUUGUCAUGCUUUAUGGACUUCUUAUUCAAAAUUAUUGUGAUGAAACGAUUGAAUCAUGUUUCUUAAUAAUGUAAAGUGAUUCAUGGGCCAUAGCAAAAGAUACUUGUACAACGACCAAAACCAAAAAUCUCUAUGUAUCUCAUGUUUCUUAUGCUGUAAAAUGUAUUGGUAUGCUAGUCUCUGAUCAGCUGAAUCUAUGAAUCGUCGUCAUCUUCCUUUCCCAAAUGACCAAAUCUUUUCCCUGAAAGGACAAAACAAUUAUCAAAGAAGCAAGGCAGCAAGCUAUUUAAUGGGCCAAUUAAAAUUCUAGCAAACUCAAUUAUAGUUGGGCCUAAGACAAAUUAUUAUUUAAUGUAAAAAUAAUUUAAUUAUUAUCUUUCGUCUAUAUUAAAAAAACAAACUAAUCUAAUCUAUUAAAUUAAAAUUCCAUUUUUAUCUACUUGAUAAAAUGUCGUUAUUUAAUUUUUAAAUUAUCCUACUAAAAUGGAGCUAUAUCACAUAUCACAACAAUAAUAAUAACAAUAUGACUACUCUAAUCAACUAAAACAUCACAACGAAAACAAAUCAAUUAAAUUACAUGUAAAAAUUGACAGUAAUUAAAAUUUUAAAUUAUACACAAUCAACAUUUAAAUUUUAUCUAAUUUAGUCAAACCAUUAUAUAUUAACAAGAUGAGAAAUUGUUUCUAUUAAUUUUUAAAUCAAUUUUAACAUAUGAUAACAAUAUGCCAUCAAUUUUUUUUGAUUUGGUAAAAUCUACAACUGUUAUAUUUUUCUGCUGUUUAACUUUUUUUUUUUUAGAUUUUCAUUUACAAACAUUUAAAUUUUAUUUUGUAAUAAAAUGUUGACAAAAAAAAAAGAAUAUAACUUUAGAUUAUUUAUAUGUGGAUAUGUAUGUAUGUUGAAACACUCAAGUUGGAAUCUUACAUUAUUAAUUUUAUCAAUCUGGUGUCAAGAUAUAUUUCCAAAUAUUAUUAGAAAACAUAAUCCAUCUACUUUUUAUGCUAACUUUUUUUAUGAAGAAAUCUCUUUAUAUAGCUAUCAUAUAUAUUUGCUAAACUAACUCAAAAUUAAAUUAAACAAGAUAAUAAUAAUAAUUGUAUGAAAACUUUUAAUUGGAUAUUAUAUUUAUAUGUCCCAUGCCUCUUUUCUUCAGAAUAUAUAGAGGUAUUCUGUAUUCAACACCAUAUAUUGUAUAGAAAUGAGCAUAUAGAACCCAAAAAAAGGAGAGAGAAAAAAAGAGGGGUUUCGAAACGAGCAACAAUGCAAGUGGGAGAAGAAGAAGAAGAGAAGACAAUUGAGAUUCAUAAAGUCACGAAAUCUCUAAACUAUGACCCAAUUCCUCUUGAUCUAACGAGAGAGAUACUUUUGAGAUUGCCUGCUAAAUCUUUAGUAAGGUUCCGUUGCGCCUCAAAGCUAUGGUCAUCCCUCACAACCGAACCAUAUUUCAUGAAGUCAUUCACUACUCGCUUUUUAUCUCGGCCUCGUCUUCUUCUCAGCUUCAAAAAAUGCGCUACUACGUUAUUCAUCUCAUUGCCACAACAUGAGAUUCCUGAUGGUAAGUGUUUAACUCAUGAUGAUGUGAGCAAUAACCAAAUCAAGCUCUCCAAAAACUGUGGAUGCAAGAGAAAUUUUGAGUCUGUGUAUGGCUUAGUAUCUUUCAGUGUUUAUACUAACUAUGUUCAAGUUUGGAAUCCUUCUAUGAGUCUACAUUUAAUCAUAUCCAAACCCGAAAAGUCGAGACAUGGACCAUGCUAUUUAGGAUAUGAUCCUUUUGGAGAUACAUAUAAAUUGUUGUGGAUCGAAUAUAGAGAUGAUUAUGGGCCUUGGGUUUUAACAUUGGGGGAUAAAGAAUCAUGGAGAAUGACUAAAGUGAGUACUUCGAUGUGUGGCUUAACGACUAGUUGGAAAUGCAUCAGUGGAGUUAUAUAUUAUGAAGUGAUUAGUAUACCUAGUAACAGCAACGGAUCAAAGAAUAUGGAAAGAACCAUGAUGAGUUUUAAUGUGAGGUUUGAAACGUUUAAGCCAAUUAAAUUUCCAUGUUGUGUGGAUAAUACACAGCUGGGGACACAUUAUCUACUUAGUUACAAUGGAAGAUUAGCCUUGGUUUGCUCAUUAGAUACAAAAUUAUGGGUUCUUGAAAAUGAAAAGGAAGAAAAAUGGCUGUGUAAUAUUGACUUGAAUUUACCUACUCAAAGAACGGAUCCUACUGGAAAGAUUAACUAUCAAUUAAAUGAUGCUACUGUUACAGGUGAGUUUAUAUAUGUAGGGAAAGAUGAUGAAGAGGUUCAUAUUCUCUACUAUGAUCCAAAGAAAAACAGCACCAGAAGAAUCAAAUUUGAAGGACACAUGUACAAAGAAUUUAAAAGAUUUGGCUGAGGAGGUUUGAACUAAGUUCAAUAUUACAUGCUCACCAAAUCUCACUGGACUUGCAUACCCAAAAUCUUGGAUGUAUGCACUGCUGUCAUCGGAAUCACAUUGAAAAUCUUAUAUUUCUAAAGAACAUCACGUGCUCAAAAUUGGUCUGAUUUUCUCUUCUUUUUUUUCGGUCGGAUUUUAUCAUGUUAUAUCGCCUUUGUUGUAACUUUUGUCUGUCAUAGUAUGAAUAAGACAUUGACAAAAAAAUAUUAUGAAUAAGACAUUAAAGUCUCCAUAAUAUUUCUAAUGAACUAUAUAUUGAUGUACUGUUUGCAUGGUUGUUAUUUUUAAAUGAAAACUAAGAUAUGAUGACUUUUUAAGAAAACGUUAUUCGUUUUGAGCUCUUAUUUGAGUCAUGAUUAUAGUUUAACUACUGACAUAAAAAACAAAAUUUUGCUUGCUUUUGUAAACCUUAAUUAACCACACAAAAAAAAAACAUAAUAGCAAUCACGGUAAGUGAAAUCCUACAUAAAUUAAUAGAGUUUUACAAAAUGAUAAAACCCGUUUUGAUAAUAUAUUAGCCAA